AUGCACCCGCCGGAUCCCACCACCGGCCUCCACCCCGCCGGCUGCUCCUCACCAGCGCGCCAGCAGCUCGAGCCCGACAGCCACUGGAUACCCGCCCACAAUGUAUUCGCCGCCCGGGCCGCCCCGCUCCUGCUCCCGGCCCUCGACCGGCUUAUCAUCCGGCACACCGACCCGGCCACAACCGGCCGGCUCUCCGAUCCCUCGGCCCACCCGCCGCUCAGCCCCCACGAACUCAAGACAUGGCUCAAGUUCGCCCAGUCCAAACAGCCACCUCGCAGCUUGAAAGCGUGGAUGAUGGCCGGGGAUGACCAAUCACCAAAAACUCCAACAACAGCAGUGUUAAUCCAGCCUUAG